CUGAGGCGGAGGAGCCGCCGCCAUUUCGGUGUCGCUGGGAGCGGGGCCGGGGCAGCGCUGAGGGGGCGGCGAUGGAUCCCGGAGCCCGCCCGGGUGGCGGCGGCGCCCCGGGGCAGUCCCGCGAGUACAAACUGGUGAUGCUGGGCGCGGGCGGCGUCGGCAAGAGCGCCAUGACCAUGCAGUUCAUCAGUCACCGCUUCCCAGAGGACCACGAUCCUACCAUCGAGGACGCCUAUAAAAUCCGGAUUCGCAUCGAUGACGAGCCUGCCAACCUGGACAUAUUGGACACGGCAGGACAGGCAGAGUUCACAGCCAUGAGGGACCAGUACAUGAGGGCUGGCGAGGGUUUCAUCAUCUGCUACUCCAUCACGGACCGGCGCAGCUUCCACGAGGUGCGCGAGUUCAAGCAGCUCAUUUACCGCGUGCGCCGCACCGACGACACCCCCGUGGUGCUGGUGGGCAACAAGUCUGACCUGAGCCAGCUGCGCCAGGUGUCCAAGGAGGAAGGCUCUGCCUUGGCACGGGAAUUCAGCUGCCCCUUCUUUGAGACGUCGGCCGCGUUCCGGUACUACAUCGACGACGUGUUCCACGCGCUGGUGCGCGAGAUCCGCCGCAAGGAGAAGGAGGCCGUGAUGGCCAUGGAGAAGAAAUCCAAGCCCAAAAGCAGUGUCUGGAAAAGACUCAAGUCCCCCUUCAGGAGGAAGAAGGAUUCGGUCACUUGAACAGAACAUUCCUCUGCAGAACAGGACAAAAGCUGUGACCUUUUGUAGCCAAAGGAGCUCGGUGACAACGCUGACGGGAUGUGUGACGCCUGAGGGGACUUUGUGAGGGAAUGCCUAACUCUGCCAGUUGUUUUUGUUUAGAACCAUGUUGCCUUGAUUCUGGGUGUUGAACUUCAGACCCAGUGACAGUUGUACUUUGUUGUCAUUUUUUUACUGGACCCAGCAGGCGUUGCCCAUGGGUUUGUGGCCCUGCACUUUGGAGUGUUUGUCCUUGGUCACGGUGCCCUGGGAGCUGAACUGUGCAAAGCAUUGCUGGAGUUGGACCCAGCCUGAUUGAAUCUGUGGUUUUCCCAGUUGGAAAAGAGGAUUUUGCUGCUCUCCACAACAGCAGCCCACAGUGUGAGAGGCUGAACAAAGUGUCAUGGCCUUAGAGGUCACCGAAUUUCUUGGCUGGAAUUUCUUCUGCCCUCAUGGAACAGAUUUCUUUCCAGGAAAAUUGACAUGGAAUACUUGUGUGCAAGCUCAUCCAAGCGAUCAGUUCACCAGCAGUGCUGUAGGUGGGAUGUAAACAAGCCAGAAUCACAGAAUCAUUUCAACUGGAAAGACUUCUGGGAUCAGUGAGUCCAACCUGUGACCCAGCACCACCCUGUCACCCAGAGCAGGGCAUUCAGUGCCACAUCCAGUCCUUUAAACACCUCCAGGGACAGUGACUCCACCACCUCCUGAGCAGCCCCUUCCAAAUUCCAUCACCCUUUGCCCUAAAGGCACACUGUGACUUGGCAGCAGUGCAGGGACACGUGGGAUUUUCCUGCUGCAAACAGCACUGAAGAUGUGAUGUGCUGGAGAAACCACAGCUUGGAGCUUCCUGGCUUGUUACAAAUCCUGGUGGGAAUGGGGCACUGGCUUAUUUGGUCAGCUCUGUGAUGUCCUAAAGGCAACAGUGAUUUUGGGGAACUGUUUUGCAGAGAAAAUGGCUGAUGCUGAGGGUCUGGGCCCAGAACUGCCAUUGCCUGGUCCUGGUGAGGCUCUCCCAGUGCAGCCUGAGCAUUGCUGGAGCAGAGCAGGGCAGCACAGGCCCAGCAGCUCCUCCCCUCCCUGACCUCACCUGUGCAGGUGACCCAGGCACUUUCUGGUGCUCAGGAAGAAGGAUUUGAGGGACUCUGUGCCCUGGAGCUGAUUGAUUUUACAGCAGUUUUGGGGUCAGGUGCCUGGUGCUCCUCUGGAUUUUGCUGUUUAACAGCAGGACAGAUCCCAGCUGGGCAACUCAGCAGUUUUUCUGCACCAAGUGCCUGGAAUCCUUCACUGUGAGAGUGAAAGAGCUGAUUAGACUGAAGUGAUCUUCCUGAUCACCUCUCAGAUCUGUGCUGGCAGUGCCAUCCAAACUGAAAACCCAGGUGUAAAAGGGUUGGUAAAGGAAGUGAGGAUUAAAAAAUAUAUAUAUCUAUAUAUAUAUGUAAAAAAACUCCUUGUUACCUAAGACAGGGAUGGAAAUCCUGUGCCUGUUGGUUUGAAGAAUAUUUUAUUUGUAGAAGACUUAGAAGUGUGGCAGGGGCUGCAUUUUAUAUUUGCUUUGUGAUGAGCUGAACAUUUAAAUUGGUUUCCAUUUCUCAUCUCCUCCCAGUGCUAUGCUGCUCUGGCAGCAAUCACAGAAUCAAAAAAUGGCUGGGAAGAGGCUGAGGAGAAUUCAGAUUGUUCAGAAUUUCAGACUCUUCCCCCUUCCUGUGUGAGCAGCCAACACUAAUGUUCUCAUUUUUGGAUUACAAGCUAUCUAAAACUCAGAUAAAAAGCCAAAAACUGGAGGAAGAGGAGGAGGAAGGAGCUGAGAAGUGGCUCCAGAGCAUUUUUUGGGUCUGUCAGGUGUUUCAGAGCUGGGGCCUGACAGUGGUGAUGCAUUUUCCAGUGCUUUUCCCUAAAAUCUCCAUCAGCUCUCAGAGCACAGCAGAGGUGCUGAAUGCUGUACAGGACUAUUUUUACCCCUAAAAAAAUGAAUUCUGUGCCUUACCUGAGUCCUGCAGUGCAGUUUAGGUGUUUACUAAUGCCUGUUGCUUCUAGAAUUCGUAGAGCAGAACAGCAGCCAGCACUUUUUUUUUUCUCUUUUUUUUUACACAGUGUUAUUCAAAGAGUUUUAUUUUUUGUCAUGUAUAAAUUUGUACACAGAACAAUCCUUUUAUUUGACACAAUAUAUAUAAUUUUUAAUACAAA